AGUUGGUUAGUCGGGCUUUGGACACCGACCAAGCUGCUGCACUCGGCAUCCUUCGUUGCCGGUUGAGAGACCAUAAUAACCCCGUGCCCAUACCCCAAUACUGGAAGACCACCCUAGUGUCCUCCCCCGCUCCCUGUCUCCGUCUCCUUACAUUCAGUAUCUGUAAUAUAAAACGUUCUUCAUUGACUGAAAUCAGAUUUUGCAGUAUUUUCGGUUUCCAAAUUAUUUCAACCUUCGUAGCUGUCUUCUGACUACUAUUCGAAAAGUGUGAAAAGAAAAACCACAACCAAAGAGAACGUUGUUUUCAUCAUUAUGCACUGACGACCCUUCCUCCUUCUGAGCCUUUCCUUGAUAUUUCUGUCAGUUUUCCUCCAGUCACACUGGGAGAGGGAAUUUCAAUGCUCCAGUAGGAAAUUAUCUUUUGAUCCUUGCGCCCAAUUGCUGAGAGUUUUCGUUUCUUGAUUUCUUUGCUUAAGUCGCCCCUCCCCUUUCCUUCCUCUUGUUCCAGCUUCUUUUUCCGUCUCCUCCUCCUCCUCCUCCCCCCCUCCUCCCUGGUACUUCAAGGACGCCUUAGGGGGUGGAGCCGCCGAUGUGAGGCUGCCGCCCUAGUGUAUGUGGCACUGAGAAAGAGAGAAAAGAGACCUCACUGCACUUUUCUUUCAGUCACUCCUCGACGCCUCCCGCCACAACACCUCCCGCUGUGUGACGCCUGGUCACUCUUCUCCUUCCUGUUCAUCCCCUCCUGCUGGUGCGGGCAGACAGACGUUUCUCCGGCACCUAAGACUACUGCUGGGUGCCAGCUCUCUACUGCUACUCGCUGUUGCUGCUUCGUGCUAUGAAGUGCUGCUGUUGGACUGAUUAAGCCGAGUGGUAGCAAUUAAGCGUCCCUUUUCUUUCUGUGACGGCCAAGUGAAGGAGCUUCUCGACAGACUUUAUUUCCUCUCAGGAUUUAAACAAGUGUUUGAAAGUGAUCCGUCCAACGUUAUGUCUACGUGAACUUAAUCAGAAAAUUCCCAUUUACAAAUCCGUUAUCAUGUCUCUCCACUUGGAUAUGAAAAUCUCUUGACAAUUUACCUUGGAUAUAAAUGGAUCUGCUUGUGAAUGAUCUCUGAAAUAAUUAAAGAAACUGGUUUUCAAACUAAAUACUGAGAAAGAAAAUCUUCCAAAAACAGACUUAGCCCCGAAUGUUCUUAUCGUGCGAACUGGCUGGAAAAAAGAAAAGAAGGCAGGGGAGGAUUGCGUUGUGUGGGUGCCAGUGAUUGUGUAUGUGUGUCUGUCCCGUUCGUGUUGUGUCUGAAUCGAUCUAAAAAGUGUACGUAAGUGUACAAGAACACAUUAACGAUGCAUAUGAGAACAGUGUUCACAGUGGUGGUGUUGGGAGCCAACUUUCGGUACUCGACUUCGUCCUCAUCCACGCCAGACGAGGGAGACUCGAGCCCUUGGCCCGAGAGGAUCUCGGAAGACGCCCUUCCAUCCGAGACACAGGAUGUUCUCUCCAGAGUGGCGAGGCAGUCUGAAAGGGAUCCCUACAUUUUCAAUCUCUUCGAAGUACUUCUGACGACCCUGGAGACUAAACUGCGUCGAGUGGAGAACAUGGACAGGGCACUCGAGAGGCUUGUCCGGAGAUUAGACACUAUGGAGGCCCGUCUUGCUGUGAACUUCAAUACCACCACGCAGAUGGCGCAACUCUUAGAGAACCGGUUGCUGGACCCAAAAACAUUCAGAAGCAACAACGGAAGAAGUGCCAGUGGAUCAACAGAGGAAGACUUGACAAAUAGCCUGAUGGAGCAACGGUUGUUCCUCCUCACUGAACAUGUUGCCAGGAUUGACAAGAAGCUCUCUACCAUGCAGAAAGCACUUGACAGCAACUCAAUUUCCCUUCCUCAAGACGAACUGGUUGCUUCGGCCUCAGAAAACUAUCGUGUUGGGGUUCCCAGAGUCCAGGCGCUUGAAAAGAACUCCUUCCAGAAUGACGAAUUCACCAGAUUGCAAGAGUCAAUGGACAUCGUGCAAGAUUCCGUCAAUUCCAUGGACCGGAGACUUCAGAUCCACAUGGCUUAUGUUUCUGGUGAUCUGGAAAAGCUAGCAGAUUCUGUCGGCGAAGUCCGUGCAGCCAUUUUGGAGGAUCAGCCCAUUCCAGUUACUACUGAUAAGCCUCCACAAGAGCAACCAAGCUGGAACACCACAAUCCAAGUGGUUCCAAGGCGCACCAAAAUCGAUUCCCUCGUUGAUAGGAUGUCUCCUAUGGAAACCGUCUGGGAGAAAAUGGAAGAGGUUUGGGAUGUGGUUGUUGGUACCAAGAGCUCCGUGGAUGUACUUGUGCCAAAGAGUGAAGAGUUAUUGAAUACCAGCCAGAGACAGGAACGUGCAAUUUCCACCAUUCAGUAUGACCUUACUGAAAAAGCAAACCAUAUUAUUCAAAACCUUGUCCAGGUUGAAAAAACGCUUAAAACCAUGCCCAGAGAAAAUAAGUCUUCACGAGAUCAUAUCAACCCUGUUUCUCUCUUGCAUCGUUCCACUCAAGGGCAUCAGGUUCAAGAUGACACACCAGCUGAUGACCCUCCUGGUGAUCUUGCUGAUCAGAGUUUCCUGUUGGAGCACAACUCAAAUGAUUCCUUCACAACAACUGAACGACCUGCCCAACGCAGCCCUGUUGGUCCUUCCGGAUUGGUGUUCCCAUCAGUGCAGAAAAAGCCUGAUAUUUUAAAUUCUACCUUCAUGAUCAACAACAUGCAUGAACAGAAUCUAAAGCAAGGAUAUUCAUGCAGUGACCUCAGCAAUCAAGGAAUGAUAGAAAGUGGUACCUAUUACCUUAAAAUUCGUGGCACAACCUACUGGUUCCUUAAAGUGUAUUGUGACAUGGACACUGCUGGUGGAGGCUGGACGGUUAUCCAACGACGAGAUGACUUUGGUGAGCCCCGUGAAACCUUCAACAGAGAAUGGGAUGAUUAUAAACAUGGCUUUGGUAACCCAGAAGCAGAAUUCUGGCUGGGCAAUGAAAAUAUCUACAUGCUGACUAACACAGAUGAUUACAUGUUACGAGUUGAACUCGAAGACUUUGACGGUAACAGAAGAUAUGCUGAAUAUUCAACUUUCAAGCUUCAUAGUGAACAAGAUAUGUACAAGCUAGAAAUAGGUGGAUAUUCUGGGAAUGCUGGCGAUUCCCUUAAUGAUCCAUGGUAUGGCUCCAAUCUCAGCCCCUUCUCCACAGUUAACAGAGACAAUGAUCGCUCAAGUCUGAACUGUGCAUCAAUGUUGAAAGGUGGCUGGUGGUGGCGUUCAUGCGGCCGAGGUCUUAAUGGUCUUUAUUUGACAGAUCCCAAUGACCUUACAGCUAGACAAGGUAUUGUGUGGUUCAGAUGGAGAGGCUGGGAUUACACUCUCAAGAAAUCAGUUCUUAUGAUCAGACCCAAAAAACACACAAAAGAAAGGAAGAGCACCUAAAUCCAUCCAGUGGCCAAUGUAUUCAAGAUUUAUUUUCUACAAAUGGAGGAGAGGGUUAAACGUUGAUAAAAAAAAAUUAAAAUUCUUCAAAAUAUAAAAUUUAUGCUUUUAUAGUACUUGUGACUGAAUGCUACAAAUCAGUUUUAAUAAAAAAUGUGAUAUUAGUUAAGAUUUUGCUUCAUGCUUUAUUUACAUAUUGCAUACACUAUACUAGUUCGGUUGUCAUUUAUAAAACUGAUUUGUCGUACAAUUCUACAUAAUUAAUCUGCUGAUUUGACAGUCACACAUGGCUUUAUUGAAAAAAAUAUUGAAUAUAUAAAAUAAUAUUUUUGAAUAUAAACAUGUCAAUUCUUUAGCUCUCUCCCACGUGUCACAAGACAUACAGAAAUUACGUGUAUUUUAAGAAGAAAGCCAUGUAUAUAUUUCGACUUAAGUGCAAUAAAGAGAAUUUAUCUUCUGAAAAUACAGUAAUAUGAACUGGAACUUCAUAAGCAUAGUUUUAUCUUUCAUUGAGAUAAAUACUGGUUUUGGAUUAAGUGCUUUAAAUUACACUUCUAUAGUUAACUUACUUUAACUAGCAAAAACCACUGUACUUGUAUACAUAGAACACAUCACACUGCAUGAAUGCAUUCAGCAUGAGCCGGAGUAAUUUUAAAAUCCUGUUAUUUUUUGCAUAGCAGGUUCCUCUUUGCUAUAAAGCAUUUUUUGCUCUCUCCAAAACUGCUUUAUACAAAUAUGUAAUGUAUCUUCUAGGCUCUUAUCUUCUUGCUGAUUGUGCCUUAGUUGAAGUGAUUGACUAUAGUUUAUUGUGACAAUUAUGGGACCUGCUCUUUUAUGUUUCUAUGUGUAUUUUUUAUGCAUAUCUCUUUUCUAGAUUUAGAUAGCAUAGAUUAUUUAUUUUUUUUGGUUAUCAUUUUGUUUUUUCUUUUUAAAAUCGUUUAUUUGAGCUUGAGCUCAUGUUCCUCCAUAUAACAAAGAAUCUAUUAAAGGUGUUGACUUUCCCAAGCAGAAGUAUUACUGUUGAUGCAAGACUGAUUGAGAUCAUCCGCUUUGCCAAUGUUAUCAGUACAGUACUGCAUUUCAGUUUCUCAUUCUGAUGCAUACUGCCAAACAAAAACCAAACUGUUGUCAUGCAAGAGAGACAGUUCCACUUUACUUAUUCUUUGUAUAUUUCUUCAUCUUUUUUCACAGUCUUACUCUGAUUGUUUGUUACAGUUCAUGCUAGUGUGGUUUUGACUUUGACAAUUUAAAAUAAUUCUGUACAUAUAUAACGCUGUAAAUAGUUAGCCUGAUUUCUUGUUACUGUCAUACAAGUCAGUUUCAUUACAAAGCACAAUGGCUGACCAACUGAUCUAAAUCAGUAAACAGUUUAGGAAUUAACUACAGAAUUCAAUACACAGAAUAUUUU